UGGGUGUGGCCUUCGGGAUAGAACCAGAGCGGAGUACAGUACGGUGCUUGCCGAGGGUACCGGGGCCACCGGACAGAAGAGGCGGCGGGCCGGCGUGACGUUAGGGAAUUUAGAGAAGAGGAAAAAUCAUACUUCGGAAACAAGGACCUCGACGCGUCUCAAAAGGUCCUUCCUUGCAGUGUUUUGAUGUGAUGUGGAUGUGUGCUGCUUAGAAAACGGCAACCGAAUGGAGCCAGCAUGCUUUCAAGAGCCAGGAGCCUGUAUGCGUGGCAUCUCACGUCUAGAUAAAUGAAGAUUUAAAUGAAGGAAUAAUAAUAAUACCAGCUCUAGAAAGCAGUGACUCGUUUUUGUCUUCUUUCUCUUGGAAUCCCUCCAUCCCGGAGGACACCUGUGGUCCUUUAUAGAGUUUGUAAGAAUUUUUCACCUACCUUUUAAUGGUUCUGAGAAUGCAUCCCGAUGGAGGGGACUGAAAUUUUAUUAAGCAUGCGUGAGGACCCUAGUCUUCAUGUGCGUUACAGAAUGGAGGCAUCAUGUCUAGAGCUGGCUCUGGAAGGUGAGCGUCUAUGCAAGGCUGGAGAUUGCCGCGCAGGAGUGUCCUUCUUCGAGGCCGCUGUGCAGGUGGGAACAGAAGAUCUGAAAACCCUGAGCGCCAUUUACAGCCAGCUGGGCAAUGCCUACUUCUACCUUCACGAGUACAAUAAAGCUCUGGAAUACCACCACCAUGACCUGACACUAGCAAGGACUAUUGGAGACAGACUAGGGGAAGCCAAAGCCAGCGGUAACCUUGGAAAUACGCUGAAGGUCUUGGGUAAUUUUGACGAAGCAGUUCUUUGUUGCGAGCGGCACUUAGAAAUUUCCCGGGAGCUGUAUGAUAAGGUUGGGGAGGCAAGAGCACUGUACAAUCUGGGAAAUGUCUACCAUUCAAAGGGCAAGAGCCUGGCCUGCACAGGGACACGAGACCCCGGCGAGUUCCCGGAGGAGGUCAAAGCAUCUCUACAACGAGCUGUGGAUUACUAUGAAGCAAACCUAUUAAUCGUAACAGAUUUGGGAGACCGAGCAGCCCAAGGACGUGCGUAUGGAAACCUGGGAAAUACACAUUAUUUACUUGGAAACUUCCGCAAGGCAGUCAUGUCCCACGAGCAGCGUCUCUUAAUUGCGCGAGAAUUCGGUGACCGGUCGGCAGAAAGAAGAGCUUACAGUAACCUGGGAAAUGCGUUUAUCUUCCUCGGCGAAUUUGAAAUGGCAGCAGAAUAUUACAAGAGGACACUGCAGCUGGCACGGCAGCUGAAGGAUAGGGCUGUAGAGGCACAGAGCUGCUACAGCUUAGGAAAUACGUACACUCUUCUUCAGGACUAUGAAAAGGCGAUUGAUUAUCAUCUGAAGCAUCUUGUCAUUGCUCAGGAACUCAAUGACCGAGUUGGAGAAGGCCGGGCCUGCUGGAGUUUGGGAAAUGCAUACACUGCCCUAGGAAACCACGACCAAGCUGUCCACUUUGCGGAGAAACACCUAGACAUUUCAAGAGAGUUGGGAGAUCGUAACGGUGAACUUACAGCGCAAUUGAACCUCUCAGACCUGCAGAUGGUACUGGGACUCAGCUACAGCACCAAUACAUCCGUGCUCUCAGAAAUCCAGGACACGGACGCCAGUGUGCAUGGAGCCCGGCCCAGAAUAAGCAGGCGUCACAGCAUGGAGAACCUGGAACUUGUAAAGUUAACUCCAGAGAAGGUACAGAACUGGAACAGCGAGAUUCUCACAAAACAGAAAGCACUUCUCUCAAAGCCAUCUGCUAAGCUUAUGUUCGUGAAUAGACUGAAGGGCAAGAAGCUGAAGAAUAGCACAUCCAGUAAAGUGUUACAGGACGCGAGUAAUUCUUCGGAUGCUGGCAGAAAGAUGACAAACUCCCAGCGUAAAACUGCAGUCCAGGACAGUAUUGGUGACGAAGGCUUCUUUGAUCUCCUGAGCCGCUUUCAGAGCAACCGGAUGGACGAUCAGAGGUGCAGCUUACAGGAGAAGAACCACCUGAACAUUCCCACGGCCUCGCCUUCAACCCCUCCUAAAACCAUGAGAAAAUCAUUGUCAACAUCUGCGGUCUCCCCUCGCACCGACGAGUUCCUUGAUCUUCUUGCAAGUUCCCAAAGUCGCAGACUCGAUGAUCAGAGGGCAAGCUUCAGUAACCUGCCUGGACUGCGAAUUGACCAGCAGAACAACCACUCUGUACUGGGGCACUUAAUGGCCAGUGAAAACAGGGAGCCAGAUGAAGACUUCUUCGACAUGCUGGUAAAAUGCCAGGGUUCCCGCUUGGAUGACCAGCGCUGUGCCCCUCCUCCUCCCCCCCAGAAAGGUCCCACUGUUCCAGACGAGGACUUCUUCAGCCUUAUACUGCGGUCGCAAGCUAAACGCAUGGACGAACAGAGGGUCGCCCUCUCUGCACACUUAAAGAGACCAAACUCGAGCUAAAGCACAGCUGCUAUGCUAUAACCCUUCCUCCAAACAAAAACCCGGGAUACCCCAACGUGCAAAUAGCACUUGGGUAUAGGGGACCCUCGCACAGCCAUUCCUCAUUUUACCAGGCAGUGCUCCAGGCGGAGUGCUGUUCAUGUCAAACCAUAAACUCAACAAUGCAGCUGGGCUGUAAAGAUUGACAAAGACAUCCACCAUGGAACAUCUGCAAUGAUAUUUGGUGGCGUAAUAAUAUUACAGGGUAAGGGAUCUAAUGGCUGAUAAGGUCCCUUUCUAUAGAUAGUAUAUUCAGGAAUCAUCCACAGUACUGUAACUUGACUCUUCCAUUCUAAAAACUACUACUUGGGCAUCUGCACCCAAUUCUCAAUGCUUUAUAAACUGUAUGUAAGCCAUAUCCUCAGCAAAUUGUUUAACCACAAGUUGUGGAUCUCCAGCCCUCAGGCUUCAGUCCAUCA